UAGGCAGGGGAGAUAGCUUUAGUUUUAUGGCUAGUCUUGAGCAGGAACAUUUGAAGAGAGGGCUCGGAAGGGUGAGGCGAGCGAUGGCUUUCUACUCAGGGAACCCAGUUUAGGAAGUGACCGAGGUUGUCAAGGUGCAGGGAAUCUGGAGGAGAGAUGGUCAGUUUUGGACUAUCACAAGAGCUUCCCAGGGACCUAGCCUGAAAUACUCUGUUCAUCCACCCACCCCUGUCCCCCAUGCCACACACUCACACGCCUACGCCCGCAUAAAUUCAGAAAGCACCUAGGAAGAGUGACAAACAAAACGCGAAAUACCGGCUCUUGCAAAACUACGGAUUCCUGCCUUCAAAAAGCUCACAGGAGGAGAUAUAAAUUAACCAAAUAAGCGUAUUGACCUUGCUGAUAGAGGCCACUUCCUAGGAGCUGCUAAGAUGGGCAUGAGAAUCAAACUGCAAAGCACCAACCACCCCAACAACCUGCUGAAGGAACUCAAUAAGUGCCGGCUGUCAGAGACCAUGUGCGAUGUCACUAUCGUGGUGGGCAGCCGCUCCUUUCCUGCCCACAAGGCAGUGCUGGCGUGCGCAGCUGGCUACUUCCAGAACCUCUUCUUGAAUACUGGCCUUGAUGCCGCCCGGACCUAUGUGGUGGACUUCAUUACUCCUGCCAACUUCGAGAAGAUUCUGAGCUUUGUCUACACCUCGGAGCUUUUCACAGACCUGAUCAACGUUGGGGUGAUCUAUGAGGUCGCCGAGCGUCUGGGUAUGGAGGACCUGCUUCGGGCCUGCCACUCCACGUUUCCUGACCUAGAGAGCACGGCAGUAGCUAAGUCCUUGACCAGUGAUAGCCAGUCUGGUACUCUGAGGUGCCCUUCAGUAGAUCCCACCCACCCUCUUGGGGAACUCCGGGGAAGUGGGGAACACUUUGGUCCUGAGAGAAACUAUGUGUUGCCUACUGAUGCUGGAGGGAGCUAUAAAGAGGAAGAAAGGAAUGUUGUCAGUGACGCUAAUCACAGCUUGCCCCUGCCACAACUGCCCUUGCCACCAAAGACAGAAGACCACGAUGCCCCUGUUUCCUUCACGUCUGUUCCUACUGUGGUGACCCAGCCAGUCCUAGGCACUGUCAGCACGGGCAUCCAGACCAGUGCGAGUUCUUGCCAGCCAUACAAAGUUCAGAGCAAUGGAGACUUCAGUAAAAGCAGCUUCUUCGCCUCCGACAGUGCUAUAGACAUUACAACUGGGACCAAUUCCUGUUUGAGCAAUAGCGACCACUCCAGAGAUCCAGGCUUUGGGCAGACGGAUGAGCUUCAGCUGGAGGACCUGGGGGACGAGGACUUGCAGUUCGAGGACCCAGCUGAAGAGAUUGGGACCACUGAGGAGGUGAUCGAGCUCAGUGAUGACAGCGAGGAUGACCUGACUUUCGGUGACGGUGACAGCCGGGAGAACAAGGCCAUGCCCUGUCAGGUAUGCAAGAAAGUUCUGGAGCCCAACAUUCAGCUGAUCCGGCAGCACGCUCGGGACCACGUGGACUUGCUCACAGGUAACUGCAAGGUCUGCGAGACCCACUUCCAGGACCGGAACUCCCGGGUGACGCACGUCCUGUCCCACAUCGGCAUCUUCCUGUUUUCCUGCGACAUGUGUGAAGCGAAGUUCUUCACCCAGUGGCAGCUGACGCUGCAUCGCCGGGACGGCAUAUUUGAGAACAACGUCAUUGUCCACCCUAACGAGCCCCUUUCUGGGAAACUGGCUCUCUUUCCAGGGGCAGCCUCCCCAGAGUUGAAAUGUGCUGCUUGUGGGAAAGCGUUGGCCAAAGAUUUCCAUGUGGUCCGAGGCCACAUCCUUGACCAUCUGAACUUGAAGGGCCAGGCCUGCAGCGUCUGCGACCAGCGCCACCUCAACCUGUGCAGUCUCAUGUGGCACACGCUCUCUCAUCUGGGUGUUUCCGUCUUCUCCUGUUCAGUCUGUGCCAGUAGCUUUGUGGACUGGCACCUUCUAGAGAAGCACAUGGCUGUGCACCAAAGCCUGGAGGACACCCUGUUCCGCUGCCACUUAUGCAGCCAGAGCUUCCGGUCUGAGGCUGCCUACCGCUACCAUGUCAGCCAGCACAAAUGCACCAGUGGCUUUGACACGCGGCCUGCUCUGGGGCUACAGCACCUCGCCCUCCAGAAGCGGAAGCUGCCGCCUGAGGAGUUUUUAAGUGAGGAGCUGGCUUUGCAGGGCCAGCCUGCCAACAGCAAAUAUAGCUGCAAGGUCUGUGGGAAGAGGUUUGCCCACACGAGUGAGUUCAACUACCACCGGCGGAUCCACACGGGUGAGAAACCUUACCAGUGCAAGGUGUGUCACAAGUUCUUCCGAGGUCGCUCAACCAUCAAGUGCCACCUCAAGACGCACUCGGGGGCACUCAUGUACCGCUGUACAGUCUGUGGCCACUACAGUUCCACCCUUAACCUCAUGAGCAAACAUGUCGGUGUCCACAAGGGCAGCCUUCCGCCUGACUUCACCAUCGAGCAGACCUUCAUGUACAUUAUCCAUUCCAAAGAGACUGAGAAGAACCCGGACAGCUGACGGGGUCUCUGCAGAGCUGGGGGGGCUCCCAGGUGGCAGCCGGGUAGUGAUUUUCUAGAGGGUCCUUGCCCAGCUGACACUACAGUUUUGCCUUGCUAGGAAUAUUCUGUAUCGCGUUGAGAGAAGAAAGAGCACAUAAGCUGUUACUGUUUGUUUGCAAGAGGCAGCAGCCCCGGUGCAUUUACCUCCAUACCUGUUCUUGCCCACAGAGGGGCUGCAUUCUUGGUUAUUUUGAGGCUGGUCUUUAGGAUCUAGUCAAGCGGGCCUGUCUACUAGGUGCCCUUUGCCAGUUUCUCUUGUUUUAGUUUACUGAUAGAUUUUAUGCUGCUAAGAACCUACCAGCAGCCUCACUGGAUAGAAGAGGUGGAGAGAGGUUUUCACUGUGGGGGUGACUGCCUGACCUUUGGCAGGACAACAGCUCUGAGAAGGUUUGGGGAAUGUGGUCAUUUGGAAGGAUGAGCAACAGGGCAGGGCGGUUCAUCUCGGGGUCCCACCCCCUCAGUAGGGACAAGGUGUCAGGAGCUGAGGGCGCUACUUGCUCCACUUCUCAAAUCUCACGAUUAGAUUGAAAAUCUCUUGUCAGCUAGAUCUAAACUGAGGUUGGCAAGCUUUGGGUGUCCCAUGGUGCCACCCGAUGGGAAGCCUGGAUGGAUGGAAGAAGAUGUCCCUCUUUUUCCUCGUUUCCAAAGAAACAUGAUUUUUUUAGAGUAUAGCCCUGGAUGUCAAGCCUUCUGUCACAAGCAGAGAGGACAGAGAGCCACUUCAAUGUAGUCAUCUGUCACCUUGCCACCUCCUUAGCCCUACGUCUCCUGGGCACGGAGGAGGAGACUUCUCUGACAGCAGCAGUCUUGCCUUAACUCACAUCAAGUCUCCCACUCAGGGUGGUUUGGCCUACAGCGUAGACGAGAAGACCCUGUGAGGCGGUGGAUCGUGAGCCCUUCUGGAUUUAAGGAACCCCAUUAACUGGUGGCAUAUGGCAGGGUGUGCGCUCUGACUGUCCCACGUGGGUAACUUGUUUACUUGGUGGUAAAAGUAUGGGAGUUUUGCGUUGAUGCUGAGCGUCGCCUCCAGGGGGCGCUCUUGGAUGGUAGCUGGCUUAGGCCUUCGAUGUGGCUGUUUGGCUCCUUAGUCUUUGAAAGGGCCUUGCCCAAAAAAGGCUGGAGGAGAGAACCCUUGAUCUUGCAUACUUAUAAGAUGGCACCUCAGUAGCUCAUACUACCUCACCCUGCUCAGGUGAGCUCUGAGAGUCCCUAAUUUUGGGCCCAGCCACUGCCACUGCCCCUGGUGGGACUCAGCAGCACCCUGGGCUAUUUCAUAAACAAGUGGUUUUAAUUAACUCACAAAGCCUUUUUAGACAUUAAUAUUUAUUUAUUUUUGUUUUGUAUACAUAUUACCCAGCAUCUCUUUUUGAUAAGUGACUGUAGGAAAAUUAGUUUCUCUCAAGAAAGGACCCAUAUUCCACCAGAUGGGUAUGGCUGUGGAUUUGGAGAACAGGCGUGUAGCGCGAGAUGUGCCAGGCCUUUUAAGGAGCACAUUUCGCUUCUCCAGCUGUAGUCUCUAGCAGAACAAAUCUAGAUCAAGUCACAUGAAGGUUUUCGCAGUUUUUAUCCGUCCAGCGUGGGCAGCUUCCUGUCCAUGUAUCUUAAGACACAGGCAAAGCAAAGCUGUGUCCUUGGGCUGGGGAAGCCUGUGAGUAAAGAAAUGCCCAGGGCAUUCCGGGGGCUCACAUGAUGGGCCUCCGACAGUGGCUAGUCAAAGGCCGCCUUCUCAUUGGGAAGUCAUUGCCACGACUCUGGUUUCCUUUCCCUGGGGAUGGGUAACAAGCUACAGUGAUGGACCUGCUGAACUUCCCGAGACUGCUGGUGAGGAGUGAGUGUGGACCGGCUGAUGGGGGGGUACUUCCUGACCUCAGCCAGGUCACCGAGAGUGGAGAAACCCUUUUCCGUAGCUUAUGGCAUCGUGAAUGCUGGGUGGUCCGUCUGUCUACUUAACCUGAAACUGUGAAGUUUUCCCUUUUUGCCAUAAACCAAAAAGCAGAUCUUUGAACUUUUGCCCUUUAAACACUAAAACCAAAUUGUGCCCUCUGGUCCCUCAAGGUUAGUUGAUCAGGGAGAUCCACUUGGUCCCAGUCAGACAUGUAGCAGGUGGAAGCAGUGGCUCAUGAGGCUCAUUUGUCCUGACCACGCCUCUGUGGGUAGCCCCACAUCCGUUCCUGUCUCCCCCUCUGUGUGAAGUUGUUUGCUUUCCCCGAAUCUAGUUCGUUCUUCUCUUGAGUUGAUUUACUUGAAAUGUUACAUGAUAGUGAAGGGUACCCAGGCUACCUGGUGGAAGGUGUUUUGCAGUUUUAGUUUUUGAUACCCAUUUGAUUUCAUGUUUGCCUCCCUUUUGAAUUUCCGUUUAGCACUAUCCCCCACUGUAUUGCGUUAGAGUUCUCUCUGACCCUAGAAUGUUCCAUCCUUGCUUCCCCUCUCUUCGGUCUGUACUCAGGACCCACCUGCAGAGUUUUCAGAACUCUGCCCAGCAGUCACCCGGGCUGCUGGUUGACCGUUUGGAGAGCGUUAAGACAAACGAGAACAUUCCUAGCUUGUUUCCUGAGGGAAAUUGUAAUGUUGGUGCGGGAAGCUGGCAUAAACAGCACGGACUGUUUGUGGCCAGAGGACAAGAUGUGUCCUUGGAUGCUGUGGGUGACCCCUGGCGGCUCAGUGAUGUCAUGCACUGGCUGGAAGCUCUACUGAUUGAACCCUGGUAUUUGGUUCUAAGUUUUGAGAUUCUUUGGAGUCCCCGAAGUUCAUGGUUAGUUGGGAAGAAAAGAAGUGGUGUUGGUGGGGUCAGAUAACGCUAAGAACCAGGAAAUAGGUACGAAUCAUAUUUUACUUUAUCAUGACAUUCACAGCCCUCUGUCUCCAGGGCAAACCUGUAAACUUCAGUGCUUUUUCCCUGGGCAGGAUUUUGCUACUGAUUGUCUUCCUCUUUUGGCCUCCUGCUAUGCCCUUCCCACUAGACCCUAUACUACUCAACUUUGAAAAUUAAUUUAAAUCCUUUCUAGAUGGACACUGAGUUUGUUGGCAAGGGAGUGGGCCCUAUGAAGUAGUCUCUGCCUGUCUGGGAGUACCUACAUGUCCUCUCCCUCUCCCCAAAGUGUUGCUCCACGUGAGUCAGAAAGUGGGUGACAACAUGCGUUCAGUGUGGUCACACGUCACAGCUAGUGUCAGAACAGACGGCACGUGAUGACGUUCGACGCCUUCCUCGUCAGUCCCCCUCCCCCACCUGGAGUAGCUCAAAUCUCUGCUGAAGCAGAGAAGCUGUUGAUGUCUAACCCUUCCAUUAAAUUAAGAAGUACUGACCUCCUAAUAUUUAAGUGUUUACUAUCUGCUGUAAAGUUUUGUAUAUUUUGUAAACCUUUUUCCCCAAACAGUAGACGUCUAAAAUCCUACAUCUGAUUCUUUUAUAUUCCAUUGUUCAGCACAAAGUGUGGUUUUUAUUUAGAAUAAAAAAGAAAAAAGAAAAAAUUUGAA